GGGGGCGAUGACGCGCCUGCGUUCGUCAAGGCCGUCUGGACUUGCGACACGGUGAUCGUCCCGAAGGACACGACCAUCGGCAUCGGGACUCGGAUGAACAUGACUGGUGUUUCUAAUAAGCAUAUCAGCGUGCAGGGGACCGUCAAGUUCACUGAUGACAUCUCGUAUUGGAUCUCAAACGCGUUCUUUUUUGAAUUUCAAAACCAGUCGACGUUUUGGGUUCUCGGAGGGGAGAACAUUGUUCUCGACGGAAAAGGAACGCUCGACGGCAGCGGUCAGGCUUGGUAUGAUGCUUUUGCUAGCAACAGCACGCUUGUCCGUCCCAUCAUGCUCACCAUUCUAAAUGGGAACGAUGUGAAAAUCCAAGACAUCCGCGAACUCAACGGUCCGAACUGGAACAACCUGGUUUAUCAGAGCAACAAUGUAGUCUACGAUAACAUAACCAUCGAUGCCCAGUCCACAUCCAAGAAUACUGCGAAGAACACAGAUGGUUGGGACACCUAUCGCAGCGACAAUGUCGUCAUUCAAAAUUCAGUCAUCAAUAACGGAGAUGACUGUGUUUCCUUCAAGCCAAACUCCACAAACAUUCUAGUGGCCAACUUGCAGUGCAACGGCUCUCACGGCAUCUCGGUCGGCUCGCUCGGUCAAUACCCAGGGAUAUUUGAUAUCGUCCAGAACGUAACAGCCGUAAACAUCACAAUGUCUAACGCACAGAACGGUGCACGCAUCAAGGCGUGGGCGGGUCCUAACGUAGGCGGCGGCAUCGUGAAGAAUGUCACGUUUCAAGACUUCUUUGAGACUAACGUUGACAACCCGCUCAUCGUCGACCAGUGCUAUAUGACCUCUGCAUCGGCAUGCGCCCAGUUUCCAUCCAACACUUACAUCCAGGACAUAUGGUUCAACAAUAUCUCUGGGACAUCCUCCGGAAAAGAAAAGACUGUCGUGGCAUCCCUGUCGUGUUCUCCGGACGGCAGGUGCAGCGAUCUCAAUGUCAACAAUAUCACACUUUCGCCACCUUCCGGUUCAGCAACAUACACAUGUCAAAAUGUGAAU